UCUCUGUCGCUUCUCGGUCGCUCGCCUCCUCCGUGACCUCUCCUCUCUCACUGGAGACAUCUUUGCUGCGUCUCGACCCGCUCCCUCGUCGCCCUUUGCACUCCGUGCACAGCAAGCCGCUCUUUGAUUUUUCUUUAUGGCGUUUUCUCCUUUUCUCAUAAACUUCAUCGCCUGUGAGCAGUCGCAUUGCCUCGCUGAAAUCGAGCGCGUGACCUUCAGUCCCACUCCCGGCUGCACGUCCCUCUCCCGGGAGGUGUUCGCGCUGACGACCCGCGCCGCCUUCGCGCUGCAGUGCCCGGGCUACCCGGGGGUCCAGAUAGAUAACACCCAGGCAAUGAAGAAAGGAAAGAAAAGAGAAGUCACAACAAAUAAAUGCCUGGAACAAGUUUCACAAAUACUGGGAUUGUGGCGUCGUUUCCGUCGACCUUUUCAGAAACAAAAGAAACGUUCUUUGUUAUGGUCAUAUCUCACAGCAUGAAAAGAAAUCAUUUUUAUUAAGUAGAUAGAACAUUAACUCUAACUGUGACAUUUAAAACACAACCAAUAGCUAUUUUUUAAAUACAGAAAAAUUUAACUUAUUUUUGUAAGCUUUCUUUUUUUUGAGACAGAGCCUCAAGCUGUCACCCUGGGUAGAGUGCU